AUGACCAGAGACAGCGCUCUCUGGUACUCGGACGGCAACGUCGUUGUCGGCUCGGGUUCGACCCUCUUCCGCGUCCACAAGAGUGUCCUAUCCAAGCACUCUGAAGUCUUUGAUGGAAUGUUUAGUGGCCCUCCGCAUACUGGGGAGGAGGUCGACGGAUGCCCCUUUGUUCGUCUAUUCGGCGACCACCCAUCGGAGGUUCGCUGCAUGCUGAAGGAUAUGUACGGGUUGAGAGAUAGAACCAGUCGAAAAGUUACCUUAGAGGUGCUUUGUGUACUCGUCCGCCUUGGGGAAAAGUACGACAUACCUGCUAUGCGCGCAGAGGGGGACAACAUUUUGAGGGAAUUAUACGACGUUUCCCUUGAAGUGUUCCAGGAACGCAACCAGGCUGUUAGUCUAUUCGGUGGCAGUCUAUACUGUGGCACCCCCGAUCCUAAUGCAAGAGCCGACUUCCCAAUCGCUCCAUGGAAGCGCCAGCACUGUUUUGACAUCUACGUCCUCGCGCGCGACCAUGUCAUGAACACCAUCGCUGCACGAGCCUUGUACGGAUGCUGCCGCUGGCCACUUGCGGACCUGAAACUCGAGUUGACGACGCUGCUCACUCCCGAUGUUCUUUGGGCUUGCGCGCUCGGUCGUGAGAUAUUGGCGAAACGAGGAGGCGUGCAACUCCUGAAACUGAAUCCAGCACACCUGAAGACUAUCCCCAUGCCCAUGGGUCUGUUCUCGGCGUCCGCGCCGUGCGAAAAGCAAGAUGUAUGUGGGCCGGCAUUGGAAAAAACAUUCAAAAUAGUCAGGUUAGGUCUCGCACCCCCGCGCCAGUACCCAGUUGGCGAGGACGACCGCUACGCUCUUAUCCAGCGGUUGAAACAAGAACUCUGUGGUUCUUGCCAAGCGAGGGUUACGCGAGCGAUCCAGGAUGAUGCCCGAGUGGUCUGGAAUUCAUUACCCGACCUCCUGGCAUCGGCUAUGGCAGGUGCUCCCGCAUAA